UGAUUUCCGCUGUUUGUCUCGCCAGGACCCCACACAUAAUUUUAUUUAUGUUUAACAAGUGUGCAAGAUCUGCGGUAAUUUAAGGACAUAUCCCUAUGGAGAACCCAAAUGAAGUCGAGGAAGAAGAAAAGAAAGAGAGCAAAGAUCAGCAAAAUACUGCGACUAAAAGAAAACAAGGAGAUGACACAACAGAAAUCAAAUUUCCCAAACCACCAAGAAAGAGAAAACCUCAGAGCUACAUGUGUGAAGAGUGUGGGAAAAUCUUCAACAGAGCUGAUUUAUUGCGCAAUCAUAAGCGUGUUCACUCUGGGGACAAGCCAUUUACCUGUGAAGUUUGCGGAGACAAAUUCAGAGAGCAGGGUCACCUGAGACGUCACAUGACCAGACAUACAGGUAAGAAGCCAUACCAGUGUUACAUUUGCGGGAAGGAGCUCAACAGCAGCCUGGCCAAACACCUCCGGUGCCAUCUCAAUGAUCGACAGUUCUCCUGUGUUCUCUGUGACAAGAAAUUUGUAUCAGGAUUCGAACUCAAGCAACACAUACUGACGCAUAAAAAGGGCACAUUCCAGGAAAAUUCUAACAGAGGAACUCCCAGUCUAGACAAGAGAGAACCGAAGUUACCUAAGCAGAUCCCAGACUUUCCUUACGUGCAAGGGGGAUCCUCAGAGAUUGGUCAGAGAGCACAUACAGAUACCACUGAAGCAGAAAUCGCAUCAUUUCAGAAAUUUGCUGAGGAAACGCAGAUGGCUCUGUACAGAAGACUGGCCGUGGCUCAGGGAGACCAGUCCGUAGUGAACCAGUUUAGCGAUCAAUCAGAUCCCUCCCUUAUGAACUGGGAUUAUCUGUCAUAUGCCACUGGAAUGGGGCUGACACCAGCAGUUCCCAGUCAGCAGCAGUUUAAAAGCAAGUCCUCUGGAAGAAAAAGACUGUCUGACUUAUCAUGGGAGGUUUCACAAAGCACUCAAGGAGUGCAGCAGUGUACUUCGUCUAAACCAGAUGUACAAGAAGCAUCCAUGAUGGGUACAAAGAAGGACAAAGUGACAAACCAAGGCUCACUGAGUCUACAUGAUACUUUGAUGAACCAAGGUACACAGAAUCUACAGGGGGUAGUCUUGAGUGAAUCAAGUAAAAACAAGGAGACAAAUUCAAAUAUAGAAAGUGAAUCAAAUGAACAAAGUAUCCCAGACAAUAAUCAGGACCAGAAUCACAAAGAGCAAGCAGAAACCCCUGAUGCUCCUUCCAUUAUUCAAACCCCAGAUGCAAGUCCAGUGAAAUCCGUAGAAGAGGGUCCUAGUGCCUCUUGUAGCAGUCAGAGCCCACUCAAAGCAGGAACAGAGCUGAAUUCAGAUUCAUUUACAAAGGUACAGCAUUUAACAAUCAGUGUUAAGGAGGAACCCCCUGAUGUGGAAGAUACUGCGACAACAGAUGGUUUAUCAGAGGAUGAUCCCACAGAAGACUUCCACCAUCCUGAUGACUCUGGAUCUACUACUGAUGAAUACGAAGCUGAGGCGUAUUUUCAAAAGCUAGAUGACUCAAGUAUAACUGAAAAGGACAAAAGUGAUUCAGACUGGACACCCGAAUCUCCAAAGAAAUCCCUGAAGAUCAAAAUAAAGACCCCUAAAAAGGCACCGAAGAGAAAAGCUUCAAAGAAAGGCAGUGAGAAGGAAGCCCCUAAAAAGAAGGCAAGGAAAAAGAAACAGAAAGAGGAAGAAGAGGAGCUUCCCACCACCAUGUGUACAGAUUCAGACACACUGUUUGUUAUUCCCCCAAAUGAGGAGUCACCUGGGGGCAAAAAGAAAAGAACAGCUAAGAAGGACAACGUUUUUGUGUGUGACGAGUGUGGUAAGGUAUUUUUCCGUAAUGAUCUUUUGAGGAACCACAUGAGAGUCCACACAGGAGACAAGCCUUUCACGUGUGAAGUCUGCGGGGAGAGCUUCAGGGAGUCCGGGCAUCUACGACGUCACAUGACCAGACAUACAGGUAAGAAGCCCUAUAAAUGCGAGCUCUGUGGUAAAGAAUUAAACAGCAGUCUGGCCAAACAUAUGAAGCGACACAUGAAUGAUCGCCAGUUCCCCUGUACCAUGUGUGACAAGAAAUUUGUCUCUGGAUUUGAACUGAAACAUCAUAUGAUCAUACAUAAUGCAUCUGACCACAUUCCUUGCCACAUCUGUGGCAGAAAAUUUAGCCACACCAACAUUCUACAGCGACACAUGUUGACCCACAGUGAGAAUCGACCAUUUCCUUGUCCUGACUGUGAUAAGAGUUACAAGUGUAAACAAGAUCUGGACAGACACAGGUCAAUUCACAAGGAAGUCUUCACAGCUACGUGUCACAUCUGUGGUAAACAGUUCUGCCAGGAUCGCUAUCUAUACAGACAUCUCAAACGCCACCAACAGUUAAAGGAAGAAGGAAUAGACGAAACAGAAAGACCGACCAAGAUGAAACCUUUUUCUUGUGAAGUGUGUCACCAAAGAUUCACCACUGCUCCAAAUCUGAAGCAACAUAUGCAUCUUCACUUUUCUACAGAAAAAUUUGCAUGUUAUUUAUGCAGUAAAAUGUUUACCCAGAAGCGAUAUCUUCAGCGUCACAUUAGGAGACAUAAGGAGAACCGUUUAGGCAAGGGUUCCAAUAUGGACGACACAGAGGCCCUGAUGGGGCACAUGGUGGCUACUUUCAAUGAGGAAAAUGGUAAACACAGCAGAGAUCAGCUGAUGAGCUCCUCGGUGUUCGAGGGUCCUGCCGAUCCGGACCGGACCCUAGAGGAGGGGGAGGUCGAGAACCAGCAGAGCCACAGUGAGGAGAACAGGCCCACUGAUCCCACUUAUCCCACAUACUCACAAACUCAAGCCAUUUCCUCCUCAAAGCCCGUCUUUCCAUCCAUUGACUCAGGUUUUUCUCCCUAUGAUAAUGAGGAGUUGGAUGGUUCUGAGGAGGGGGAAGAAGUAGACUACAUUCCUCCCCAAUAUUUAAACAUGCCGUCAUCACAUCUACCAAUAACUCAAGCCCAUAGUGGAGUUCAGCACAUUUAACUUAACUUCACAGUGCUGUUUUGUAAUUAAAAAUAAAUCAGGGAGAAAAAAAUACAAUGUUCUCUGCAAUUUUUUUAUGGUUUAUUGAACAAAAUGUUUUGAAUAUACAGAUUAUGAUGAUAAAAUAUCAUUUGGAGAUUUUUAAAAUCCAUACUUUUUAUGUUAAAUUUGCCUAAAUAAAAUGAAGCUUCUUUGUUGUACAUAAGUGUUAUGUUAGAUUUUCAUUUUUUUAUUUUAUUUUUUAAAACUACUUUUGCUUUUACCACUGUAUAUAGAUUUUGUUCCAAAUAUUUGCAUUCUUAUCAUUGAGAGUGGAAUUAUAGUAAAACAAAAUACAGUCAACUUUAAAAACCUGGCAUUUAACCCAUUACUCCUUGUAAACUAUUGGAAUUUCCUUUACAUGUAAUUGUAUCAAUAUGAAAUUAAUAUUUAUGAGUUAUUCUUAUGUCAUUGAAUACGCAUAGAAUUAUUUAUAUAAAUCUAAAGUUAGCUAAAAAAUGUGAGUUCUUGUUUUUUUCUUCUGAGCAAAAGGUUUCUUUUCUUUUCUUUUUUUUUUAGCACAGAAUCUACAGGGUGAAAAUGAGAUAAUGCUUAUGGGCUUCCUCUUUGCUUGUGACUAAUCUUUCUAUGGUCCAAUAUCAAUCAAAUUUUAUAGACAAAGGUUGGAUUCAAAAUUGCCAUUUGCCAACUUAGGGUAUGGAGUCCAUACAUUUUUUAUAACCUUAAACAGAAAAUAACAUCUUAAUGAAAAUUAUCUCCCCUUAAAUUUAAACUGAUAAGGGAAAGGGUUGCAUACCCAUAUAUGGAUAAAGUUGUACCUGUAAACUAAAACUGUAGCUGGAACUUUCAUAGAUACAAAAUCUUCUUGUAAGUUUACGAGCAGUUUUGUCAUGGUAACUAAAACGAUUUUAAAAGAAAGCUAGAUCUCUGAAGACACUCGUAUUACAGCUGGGAACUUGAUACAAAGAGUAGAGGACACUAAGAUACGUGGACCAAUUGCUAUUGCAUAUACAUGAUUAAUUAAUUGGCUCCUAAACUCUUUUAUUGGCUUUUGCUUUCAUUCACAGAUACAAAGUCCAUCAAACAAAUCAUUCGUAGGAUGGAGGUAGUUGACUUCCGUCAGA